GGAGUUGGCAAUGUGCGAGAAGACGUGACAUUUGAUGACCCCCAAAACAAUCCAGUGGGGAAGUAAUUAAAGUGCACGUGAGUAAACUGUGUGCGUGUAAUAUUCACCGUGUGAUCACAGUCUGAACGCGGACUGCGUCCGUGUUGUCCAACUUCCAUUUGGUGAAGCGCAGCUUUUCUCAUCGUCUGUCUUUUAGUUUCCCCUGCUGGGCUGCCCGGCGGUGUUGUUUUUCUGUGGAUUCACCCUCAGCCUGACUAAUCUCAACAUCCUCCUUUAUUUAAUCAUUUUAAUGAUAGCCAAAGUUUGCGUUAAAACGAAGAAGAAGAAAAAAGACUUGUGCGUAUUUCUGCUGGACUUGACUGCGCUCGACAGCUGCAGGAUCUCGUCCCGUCCUCCCUCCAAAACUGCUGCGGUACUUAUUUGUCCAGAUCUGUUGACCCUGGUGUGAAGACAUACGUGCAGGUUGCUAAGUUUUAAAUUACAAGUAUCAUCAGCCCUCUGUGCACACAGUCCUCCAUUGUCCUCCAAAACUGCAACAAGAAGCCAUUUAUGUAGAUAAACAUGGAAGUGCAUCUGGAUGGUUUUCUUAACCAGAACGACAGCUAUGACUACGAUCAGAACUACGAGUAUAAAGACGAGUUUGAGCCACGAUCCAGUGCAUCGGUGUUGAUCCCGGUUCUGUACUCCUUGGAGUUGGUGGUAGGCCUGCUGGGGAACGGACUGCUCCUGGCUGUUCUGGCUCAGAAGAGGCAGAGCUGGAGAGUAUCAGACACCUUCAUCCUCCACCUGAGUGUCGCAGACAUCCUGCUGCUGGUGACGUUGCCCUUCUGGGCUGCACAGUCCGCCCAACAAGGUGGAUGGUGCUUUGGGAGUUUUCUCUGCAAAAUCAGUGGAGCAGUUUUUAAUAUCAACUUCUUCUGUGGGAUCUUUCUGCUGCUUUGCAUCAGCAUGGAUCACUACCUGUCCAUCGUCCACGGCACGCAGCUGUUCUCCCAGCAGAGGCCCUGGUUAGCUCAUAUCAGCUGCCUGUCCGCCUGGCUCGUCUCCAUCUUCAUCACCAUCCCUGACUGCAUUUUCCUGGCGCCAAGCAACGAUUCAGAACAGAAGAAGACACUCUGUGCUCAUAACUUCUCUCAGUCCGUAACUGACUGGAAGCUGGUUUCACGCUUGCUCCACCACACGCUGGGCUUCCUGCUACCUGCAGCCGCCAUUAUCACCUGCAUCUCCCUUAUCCUGCUGCGGCUGCAGCGCAGCACUAAAGGCUUUAAGAAGCAGAGGGCCCUCAUGGUCAUCCUGCCACUGGUACUGGUCUUCUUCUUCUGCUGGAUGCCAUACAACAUCGCUCUCAUGGUGGAUACCUCCAGCAGCCACAGCUCCAAGGAACCUGAUGCCGGUUCCCUGGAAAAAGCUCUGAUGUUCACGUCUGCUCUGGGCUGCUUGCACGCCUGCUUCAGGCCUCUGCUCUACUUUGCCCUGUGUGGAAACUUCAGGGAACGGAUGCUGGCCAUGUUGAGACGGGCUACGACUGAAUCGGAGGGCUCGCUGUGGGAGUUGGGAGUGAGCGGGAAGGCCAUGCCUGACCAGAAGCACGAGGUCGAGGAGGGGGAGCUGAAACAGAUGACCAGCGUAGAUCAUCAGGUGCAGUCAUCAGCUCAGUGCUGAUUGAUGGACAAAAAUAUCAUCCUGUGACUCAGAAGUGACAUAACGAGAGCUCCACCCAAGAGGGGAAUUCAGUGUGAGUUUUUGUCCUGGGUUCAAGUGAUGAAGAACUUGGGUGAGAUGUGAUAACUCACCCGGAACACCUCUCACUGUCCCUCCCUCUCACUAUCAAAAAGCGGAAAUGCUAUAAAAAAAACACCCAAAAAUGACAGAGGACUUCACGAUUAGACAAGAGUGAAAAAAUAGAUAUUUAUUUAUGGAGAAUGACUCAUUCUCAUUGCACUUUAAUGUGAGGGUGUUUGAGCCACAUCAUGGUGACAUAUACUGUUGACCUUUUAUUUUGUAAUCACUGUUGCACAACUUUGCAUGUCAUCCUAAAUCAUGAGUUUUUUUAUUCAAUUGUAGAUAACUUUAUUUUUUAUUCUGUAUUAUUGUUAUUAUUGCCACUAUUAUUAUUAAUAAUAAUAUUUUAAAGAGCAAACUGUUUUUCCAUUAUUUUUAUAUUUUAGUGAAUUUACUACUUGUAGCUGAUACACAAUCAUCAUAUAUAAGCUCUAAACAAUAACCCUUGUCAGUGUCAUUAUGAUCCUCCAUUAAACAGUCAGACAGAG